GAAAAGUGGACCCAAGUUUCUUCAUUGAAUGACAAUUGUGUAAGUGGUUAGAGACGAAAGAAGAUGGCGGUUGCAGGAGUAAGCUUCUUUGUCCAGCCACGCUCGUCUUCUUCAUCAUCUUUUUUCUGCAACAACAUACACAGAGAGCCAUUUGGUGUCACAAGCACAUCUUGGUCUACUAAGCCAAGGACGUGCGCAGUGGUAGUUGAAGCUCAGCAGCGACCCACGUGGCUCCCUGGGCUCGACCCUCCUCCCUAUCUCGAUGGAACUUUGGCUGGAGAUUAUGGGUUUGACCCACUUGGGCUUGGGGAAGAUCCGGAAAGCUUGAAGUGGUAUGUGCAGGCAGAGCUAGUUCAUGCUCGCUUUGCCAUGGUUGGAGUUGCUGGAAUUUUGUUCACUGAUAUACUUCGUGUGACAGGAAUCAGCAACAUACCAGUAUGGUAUGAAGCAGGUGCCGUGAAAUUUGAAUUUGCCAGCACAACGACUUUGAUUGUCGUCCAGCUAUUGUUGAUGGGAUUCGUGGAAACCAAAAGGUAUAUGGAUUUCAUUAGUCCUGGAUCUCAAGCCAAAGAGGGAUCCUUCUUUGGAUUGGAAGCAGCUUUAGAAGGACUUGAACCUGGCUACCCUGGAGGUCCUCUGCUAAAUCCACUUGGUCUUGCCAAAGACAUCAGAAAUGCCCAUGAUUGGAAACUGAAAGAAAUCAAGAAUGUCUUUAUGCAGGAAGACUUGCAAUGAUUGCAAUGCUUGGUAUUUUUGUCCAAGCUUAUGUGACUCAUGCAGGACCUAUUGACAACCUUGUGCAGCACCUCUCAAAUCCAUGGCACAACACUAUCAUUCAGGUCCUCACCCACUAGUGUGCUUCUUCAAUGUAUUCCGUAAAAUGGCAUCUUUGCAAUAUCAUUUGGCUUGUAAGAAACAAACAAGUUCUGCAAACUUUUAUUUUCAGAUUCAUCAUCCAAGAUUUUGUACACAAGAAAGUUUAAUUCUUCAAUCUCUCACUUUAGUGUUUAUUCCAA